GUGGAAUCCCCUCUAAUUCAUUUUGCCCUGGUGAAAAAUUAGAUUAUUUCAAAAGCUGGAGCUGAAUGUAAUGUUAAAUAAUGGCAACAGGUGACUUAAAAAGAAGCUUACGGAACCUAGAGCAAGUGCUUCGCUCACUAAAUUAUCCUCAAGAGGUGGAUUGUGUUGGUUUGGUAAAGGGAGAUACAGCAGCAUCUUUGCCCAUCAUUAGCUAUUCCCUUACCUCAUAUUCACCUUAUGUAGCUGAACUUCUGAUGGAAUCCAAUAUAGAGCUCAUAGCGAAGAAUGACUUGCGCUUUAUAGAUACCGUCUAUAAGCUUCUGCGUGAUCAAUUUAAUUAUAAACCAAUCUUGACAAAAAAGCAGUUUCUCCAGUGUGGAUUUGCAGAAUGGAAAAUCCAAAUUAUUUGUGAUAUUUUGAAUUGUGUGAUGAAAAAGCACAAGGAAUUGAGUAGUCUUGAGAAGAUUCCAUCACAACAAAGAAAGAAAAUCAGUUCUGUUAAGUCAGAACCUUCUUCAAGCACUGAGAAAACAUCUACAGAACCUGUUGGCAUUGACAUCACUGGCAGGUUUAUGACUUCAGGAAAGAAAAAAGCUGUGGUGAUCCGUCACCUGUAUAACGAAGAUGGUGUUAACAUUCCUGAAGAUAGGAUAAGUACCGUAACAGAUGUUAGUGAAACAUUUGAUGUGUGUGACUUAAAGACGACUGAAAUAAAGAUUCCUGAAGUAAAGUUCCCUGAAAUCAAGUCUGAACAACAAGAUAUUAAAAUUAAUCCUGAGAUUACUGCACUACAGACUAUGCUUGCUCAAUGCCAAGAAAAGCUUCAGAAACUGACUUUGGUAGAGAGUAGAUUAGACUCUUUGGAAGAAAAAAUGAAAGGAAGAGUGAUGGUAAAUGAAAAAACGUGGACUAAUCUUCUAAGUCGUGUCACUCUUCUUGAAACAGAAAUGCUUUUGUCUAAAAAGAAUAAUGACUAUAUAGACUUUAGUGAAACAAAUGAAGACUAUGAAUCUAGUAAUGACAUGGAUAUUCUGAAUCCUGAUAGAAAAAGCAAAGAGGAGAGGCAAACAAGUAUUCCUGUAUCCUCUGGCUAUAGUACAGUGUCAUCAGAUUCAACUCCCAGAACCUCAACUGGUAGUUACUGUGGUUUGAAAGAGAAUUCAGAGGAAACAACAAUCCAGAAAAUGGAAAGGAUGAAAAAAAUGUUUGAAGAAACCGCAGAGUUACUGAAAUGUCCAAAUCACCAAUUAUAG